CCGGGCAGGGCGCGGCGCUGGUGGCGGCCGGCAGAAGAAGAAGAGGAGGAGGAGGAGGAGGGUCGGUGCAGGCGGGUGCUGCCGGGGAGCUCCGUAAUGUCAUCCCGGCUACUUCUGCACAUCAGACUUCAUACACGCUUGAAACACCAAUAAAGCUGAAGGCUGCAGGCACCAGCAGGAUGGUGAAGACACCAGGGCUUUGUUCAACUACUAAGACAGCCAUGCCCGUGCAGACCUUCUGGUCUAAAGAGCUCCUUCCGUCCUAAAGAGCUCCUCAAGUAGAAGAGACAACAGCAAAGUCCAGGAGUGUACCUGGAGGCUGUUUGUAAAACCUGCAGAGAGCUGCUGAGGUCUGGCUUCUACAAAAUAGAAUGAAGAGACACAAGUGUCCCUACAAAUGUCCCACACGAAGGAAGAUCCUAAUUCUGUGUGUUACAGGGUGGCUGAUUGCACUGCUGAAGCUCCUCCAUGUUGAAAGACACUUCUUUCCCUCUAAGGGCAUUUUUUUGGUUGAGCACUUCUUCAGCACUUCUUUCUACCUUAGAAAUGAGUUCCAGUAUAAAAUUAAUUGUUCAUCUAUAUACGAACAAGAUCCCCAUGAAAUUGGCAAGAGUUUAGAGAUAAGAAGAAAAGAGAUCAUUGAUUUAGCUGAUGAAGAUGUCGUGGCAAUGACAAGUGAUUGCCACGUGUAUCGUUCACUUAGGAAAUACCACCUAAAACCUGUUUCUCCUGAGGAGGAGAGUUUUCCAAUUGCCUAUUCUUUGGUUGUUCACAAAGAUGCGAUAAUGGUAGAAAGGCUCAUACAUUCACUGUACAGUCAUCAAAAUAUUUACUGCAUCCAUUAUGACCAAAAAGCAGCAAAAAGUUUCAAAUCUGCAAUGAACAAUCUAGCUAAAUGUUUCCCCAAUAUUUUCAUUGCAUCAAAAUUGGAGACAGUGGACUAUGCACAUAUUUCACGGCUGCAAGCAGAUUUCAACUGUUUGUGUGAUUUGAUGGACUCUUCAGUUCCCUGGAAGUAUGUAAUUAACCUGUGUGGCCAAGAUUUCCCUUUAAGGUCUAAUUUUGAGUUGGUCACUGAACUGAAGAAACUUGACGGAAGAAACAUGCUGGAAACUAUAAAGCCAAGCAGUAGCAAAAGAGAACGAUUUACUUAUCACCAUGAACUUAUGAAAGUGCCUUAUGAAUACAUGCAGAUUCCUGUAAAAACCAACAUUUCCAAGAAUCCACCACCUCAUAAUAUUGAGGUAUUUGUAGGCAGUGCCUAUUUUGUUUUAAGCCGAGCAUUUAUUCAACAUGUCCUUAAAAGCUCUCUUGCAAAAGAUUUUUUUGAGUGGUCAAGGGAUACAUACUCUCCAGAUGAACAUUUCUGGGCCACUCUUGUACGUGUUCCUGGAGUCCCUGGGGAAGUUCCAAGGUCAGCCCAGGACAUAACAGACUUACAAAGCAAAACUCGUCUGGUAAAAUGGAAUUAUCUUGAAGACCAUUUGUAUCCUCCCUGCACUGGCACCCACCUUCGCAGUGUCUGCAUCUAUGGGGCUGCCGAAUUAAGAUGGCUUCUGGAUUAUGGACACUGGUUCGCCAACAAGUUUGACUCAAAAGUAGACCCUAUCCUGGUAAAAUGCUUGGCAGAAAAACUGGCAGAGCAACAGAAAGAGUGGGUACAUUUGUCCUCUGAUAAAUACUUUCUGCACAUAAAUUCUAUGAAUGCCUCACUAUAGCAGCACUGUCUUCCCUGCUGUCAGUACCGUGUACUGUUAUAGCACGGUGCCUGCAGUUCCUUUGCCUUGACCCCACUGCAGGAUGGUAGCAAGCAAAACGUCUAUUCUGCAUGAAGUUCAGGGCCCUGGAGAGCCAGGUGCCUGGCCAUUUAUUUAUGAAAAGUCAUGCCUCUUUGACUGACUGUUUUGUAACUUGCCACAAUAAUCUUGUAAUUGUUCUUCAGGGUGAUCUGAGAGGGUGAGGUUUGCUUUUGGAGGCUUUGGCACUUUCUGUCCCAAUGGAUUAUUUCAGAAAUAUGUUUUACAUCAAGUGUGUUUGCAUCUUUCCUAAGAAACUCCAAAGUGUCUGUCUGCCUGUCCCCUUUUCCUUCACUUUUGUUUUUCUUAAAGGUAUGUAAUAAAGACCUCUGUACCUGCUACCUCAGGAAAACUGGAAGUGCCCAGCUCACAGGCAAAACAAAGAGAUCAGCACGACACCAAAUGAGCUGUGUGGCUUCACCUGAAGUCCCAAACUUCCCAUCUGUGAGAGCUAACAAAGAUCUUUGCAAUGUGAAUAUGACUGGAUGGUAUAAGGGAAAGAAAAUCCUUAGAUACAGCGUUGUCUGUAGCAUCAUUCUCUUCUCCCAGCUCAUCUGUGUGUUGCUUUUCCUUCUGUGAAGCCUGUGCUCAGGUGCUGUGCCAUGCCCAUGAAAUUGGUGGUGGUUGACUGAAACAGAAUUAAGCACUGUUAUUCUUCAAAGGCAGUAUAUGAGCGUCCCCUAAGGACAGUCUCUGCAGCCCCUUAGAGUAAAUGCCAAAAGAGGUCAAGCCUUAUUUCUAUCUCUGCCUGUAGAAAUAUCCUCCUGUGAAAUCAAAGUCCUCUUGAGAUAGUAUGUCUACAUACAGCAGAUAACAAGUGUUAUUUCUAACUAGUGUUCAGCAAUGUGGUGCUAUGUUGAAAUGCAAAACAUGCGAAGUCAAGCGGUAAUCAUAAGCAUAGCCAUAUUCAGAAAUUAAGACCCUGCGUGGAAGUGUCUUUCUGUGCAAAUCUCAUGGCCUUGUGCCACCAUGCUCCCAAGCUGACAGACGCCUGCACAAGCCCUGGUUCAGCUGUAGAGCAACUGUUCUCUAGCAGCCUCUGUUUCCAAUGGCCCUGCCAGGCCUUCUGGUAGUGAAGCGGCCCAAGAGCUUCCUUGCAGCUGAGCUCCCCACACUACAGUGUGAGGGAGGUGUUCGUUAGUGCAGGGGUCUCUGCAGAAACUCUUGCAACUCAGAAACGCCUCUUGGCGUUUUGGAGGUUUCUCUGGAACCGGUUCAUUUUCGGUGGUUCCAGUGGACCCUAGGGUCUAGCUUGCCCAUGCCACUUUCUACCCAUCUGGCUUUUAAUAAGUCACUCUUCCCAUGAGUGACUUGGGGAUAUCUGGUCUUAUCUGUCCACAAAUUGCUGCAAUAAUGACCAUGUCUCGUACCCAUGAGAAAUCUUUGUUUCUUAUUUGAGUUGAAAAAAACAACUCAUUUUUUGGUCCCAGUUUUUGUUGAUAAAUUUAGGCAUGGUCAAGUCAUCUAUGGUUUAAGAUUGAGUUUGAGAGACAGAAGUGGCUGGACAUUUUCCCCAUUCAUGACACUGAUUUCCUAUGAGACCUCAAACAUCUGAGUUUUCUGUUUCAGCUGUUCUAGCUGUAAAAUGGAACAACCAUGUUCUAUUGUCUUUCUAACCUCUUAAAAAUCUAUGGGUACUAAUUGCUUAUCAAACUAUUUAUGGAGUCUGUGGAUGCACAGGUCAACUAUUUCUUUGAUGUACUCUUUCUGAAAUAAAUUAGGAUUAUUUUUAAAGUGUGUGUUGCUUGCUUCAGUGACUUGCUAUGUCUGCCCAGGGCUGUCCUGACUUGAUGUGAUUUAUAGGUGCUUUGUAGAACAUGAAAUAUUGACAGUAUUUACAGAAUCAUACAUCAGUACUUAUAUCUGAAGUAGAGAGUUCCCACAUGAAAAAAAGUUAAUAAAAGAGGAUGUUAGGAUCCCAGAGGGCCAAGCCACAGCUCUCUGUACACAUAAAUUGAUGCUUAAUGAUACAUUUAAAAAAUUUAUUUACUUAAACUGGUUUUAUGUAUGUAUAUACACAUCCCCAUUUGUAUUGAGUGGUUUGCUCUACCAUAAAUUUAAUGUGCUGCUGGAUUAUCUUUAUAAACUUAACUGAAGUAAAUUAUUUUAAUCAA